AUCAGAGCCGCUGUGCUGCUGAGGGAGGCGGAUGGGACGGCUGCAUCGCUCCCCCUCAGCUUCACAGAGCUGCUUUGCUGCGGGUUUUGGCUGCAAUUCGGACCCUCUAAGAACGAUCCCUCGUUUACAGAUGGCCUUCACAUCGGGCUGCAACCACCCCAGAUUCACCCUCCCCUGGAGGACACUCCUGCCUUAUCUCCUGGCUCUGCACCUCCUCCAGCCGGGAUCAGCUCAGCUUACAGUGGUAGCACCGAGCCUCCGUGUCACUGCCAUCGUGGGACAGGAUGUCGUGCUGCGCUGCCACUUGUCCCCUUGCAAGGAUGCUUGGAGCUCAGACAUCAGAUGGAUACAGCUGCGGUCCUCUGGGAUUGUGCACCACUACCAAAAUGGAGAGGACCUGGAGCAAAUGCAGGAAUAUAAAGGGAGAACAGAACUGCUCAGGGAUGGUCUCUAUGAUGGAAACCUGGAUUUGCGCAUCACUGCUGUGAGCUCCUCCGAUAGUGGCUCAUACAGCUGUGCUGUGCAGGAUGGUGAUGGCUAUGCAGACGCUGUGGUGGACCUGGAGGUGUCAGAUCCCUUUUCCCAGAUCCUUCAUCCCUGGAAGGUGGCUCUGGCUGUGAUCGUCACACUUCUGGUUGGGUCAUUUGUCAUCAUUGCUUUUCUCUAUAGGAAGAAAGCGGCACAGAGCAGAGAGCUGAAGGGGAAAGAUGCAGCACUGGCGGAACUACCUGCGAUAUUGGGUGUAUGUGCUGCAAAUCUGAAGAUCCUAGCUUCAAAACUGAUGAAACAAAUGGAAAAAUUGGAGAUUCAGAAUUCAGUCUUGGAGAAAUGGUAUGAGAAUACGGAGGAACUGGCUGCAGAUCUGGAGGAACAUCUUGCUGAGAAGGAUUUAAGCACUGCAGAUCUGAAGCUACUAGCUGCAAAACUGGUGGAACAAAGAGAAGCAGUGGAGGAAUGGGAUUCACAGCUGAGGAAACAGUAUGAAAAGUUGGGUUCGUGUGCUGCAAAUCUGAAGACACAACUUAAAAAGUUGGAGAACGAAAUUGAAGAAGUGGAGAAACACCUUAAAAAGAUUGGUAUACGUGCUCCUAAUCUGAGGCUACACAUGGCAGAACUGGUGGAUCAAGUUGAAGCAGUGGUGCUUUUUGUUUCUUGUUUUGCAGAGAAUCGGAAAUCAGAGUGGAAGAGAUAUUUGACAAAUAUAGGUUUACGUGCUGCAGAGCUGAAAAAAAACGUUGCAGAACUGAAGAAACGAAUUGGAGCAUUGGAAACUAAAGAAUUGGAAAAACCAUCUAAAGAACAGGAUUGAGAGAUGAACUGCGCCUCACAGUAACCACAGGAGAUAAGCUUCAUAGACUGCUGAUUGCACAGGAUAGCAACAUCGCCAUAACGCAAAGCAAGAAAGGAAAUCCACACGGGGAACAAGAGGAGCCAGUGUUUGUAUUGAGUGAGAACACUGCAGUUCUGCAAGCCACAACUGCCUGAGGGACCACCAAACUGAGGGUGUGUGACCUCCAUCUCAAAUCCAGUUGGAAGAAAGAAACCAUAGAAAAGAAGACUACAAGAGGAAGACAGAGAUCCUGGGAAAGGGACAGACAUUUUGGGAAUUAACAUGGCCAUGUAUCAGGGGUGAGGAAUUCUAAUGAAUAUGUAAGGCUUCUGGAAAUAUAAACAUGCACACAGAAGUAAAGGUAGAAAACUGCUUUGGGUGUUAACACUGUUCUCUAUCACAAUAUAAUAAAGAAUACCUGUUGAUGGCAAUGGA